CCCCCCCUGCUCUCCGCGCGGCCCGAGGAGCCGCCGCUUGCCGCCAUUGACACGCACGGAGAGAGCGCAAAGAAAGGCAAAGAGUCCUGCCGGGCACCGGCGCCGCGCGGGCCGAACCUGCGCCAGGGGAGGGGCGCGCCGAGGGCACGGCGGCCCGGAGCAGGCGGCGCAGCACCAGCAUCCUGAGUGCCUGGAGGUCACAGUGUCAGCAAGCUGAGAGGCAAACAAAGGCAAGAUGUCAGGCCGGAGUGGGAAGAAGAAAAUGUCCAAGCUGUCCCGUUCAGCCAGGGCGGGCGUCAUCUUCCCCGUGGGGAGGCUGAUGCGCUACCUGAAGAAAGGGACCUUCAAGUACCGGAUCAGCGUGGGGGCCCCCGUCUACAUGGCAGCUGUCAUUGAGUACCUGGCAGCGGAAAUUCUGGAAUUGGCUGGGAAUGCCGCAAGGGACAACAAGAAGGCUCGGAUAGCCCCGAGACACAUCCUGCUGGCUGUGGCCAACGAUGAGGAGCUCAACCAGGACAUAAUGCCUGGCUUCUUCAUUCUGUCCCCAACUUAUAGCGGCCAUGGGAGGUGCUCCAUAAGCCCACUGAGGGCUUCUGGGGGAUUCUUCCCAUCUGUCUCUGAUUUCUACCAACAGUCCAAAGCAAAGGACAGCGAUAAAGAAGGAACUUCGAAUUCCACCUCAGAAGACGGCCCAGGGGAUGGAUUCACCAUUCUGUCUUCUAAGAGCCUUGUCCUCGGGCAGAAGAACAAGCACAAUAGGUUCCCGUUGUUCUCCUUCACAGGUAAAGCCUUGGAAAAGGCUGGGGGGAAAGAGUUCUUGGAAACAGUCAAGGAGCUUCGUAAAUCCCAAGGCCCUUUGGAAGUUGCAGAAGCUGCUGUCAGCCAAUCCAGCGGCCUCGCUGCCAAAUUUGUCAUCCACUGUCACAUCCCCCAGUGGGGCUCUGACAGAUGUGAAGAACAGCUCGAAGAGACCAUCAAGAACUGCUUGUCGGCAGCCGAGGACAAGAAGCUCAAGUCGGUGGCAUUCCCACCUUUUCCCACUGGCAGGAACUGCUUCCCCAAACAGACAGCGGCCCAGGUCACCCUCAAGGCCAUCUCGGCCCACUUCGACGACUCCAGCGGGUCCUCGCUGAAGAACGUGUACUUCCUGCUGUUUGACAGCGAGAGCAUCGGCAUCUACGUGCAGGAGAUGGCCAAGCUGGAUGCAAAGUAGCUGCAUAGCCAGGGUCACCCACGGAGGACGAAUUCAGUCCUGAGAGUGGGGUUUUGUUUUUCACACGGAGGGUGGACGGUGCCGCCGGGGAGGGGGCAAGCGCAGUGGGUGCUGGUCCCCCCGCCAAGGCGCCUCCGUAUUUUAUAUUCUGGUUGAAAAGGCCUUCGUAUGUCAUGAGCCAGGUCUCCAGGUGGGUUUUUUUCCCCCCAUGUGUGUGUUUUUUGGAUUUUUGGGUUUUUUUUGUAUUUUUCCUGUUCUUUUAGGACUUUUAAAAAAACAAACAACAGACCUCGUUUUAGAUUUCUAGCAUUGACUUUUUACACAUACACACAAAUUCCUUCAACAUUCCUAAAAGUUUCUGUUCCUCCUCUGCCCGCCCCCACCCCCCGCCCCCAGGAAGCGUGACUUGGCCUUUGUUUGUUGUGUGUUCCAUAAAGGGAACUGGUGCUUUUCUGUUUCACUGCCCCCACCCCCGACCCCAGGCAUAUCUAUAAUGACUCCUAAAGUGGUGUUGCUCCCGUCUUUUUUGUUGUUGCUUUCUUUUUUAAAGAAAAUGAAAGG